AUGUUUUUCAUUUUAUCCUUUGUAACGCUUUUCAUUUCCGCGUGGGCAUUUGACCCCAGCGCCAAUUCCAACGUCGCCGUCUACUGGGGCCAGAACUCCGGUGGAGGCCAGCAACGGUUAUCCUACUACUGCGACUCGCCGGCCAUGGACAUUUUCAUUCUUUCAUUCAUGCAUGUUUUCCCCGAUCCCAUCCAGUUGAAUUUCGCCAACGCAUGCGAAGGAACCUAUACCGCCGACGGCGUAUUAAAAUGCGACUCGAUCGCGCAGGAUAUCAAGUACUGUCAAGAACGCGGCAAGUUGAUCUUGCUUUCGCUUGGUGGUGCCGCUGGCUCGUACAAUUUGGCCUCGGAUGAAAUUGGCGUUGAGUUUGCUCAUACCGUGUGGGACAUGUUUGGGAACUCGCAAAAGUUGACGGCUGCCGAGAGACCAUUUGGCGAUGCUGUGCUUGAUGGGUUUGAUUUUGAUAUUGAGAAUAACUCGCCUUCGGGAUACCCUGCCAUGGCUAAUGAAUUGAGAAACAUUUUCGCAACUGAUACUUCAAAAAGGUAUUAUUUGGGUGCUGCUCCUCAGUGUCCAUACCCUGACGCUUCAGUCGGCCCGCUCUUGCAGCAGUCGCUGAUUGACUUUGUCUUUGUCCAGUUCUACAACAAUUAUUGCAACUUGGGCACAAGCUGGUUCAAUUGGGACACUUGGUUAGACUAUGCCCAGAAUGUCAGUCCCAACAAGGACGUCAAGUUGUACGUUGGUGUUCCCGGAGCCACUAGAGCCGCUGGAUCGGGGUACAAUGACCCCGACACCAUCGCCAAGGCAUUGACGAGUGACAUUUUGACCAAUAAACACUUUGGUGGUAUUUCCUUGUGGGACGCCUCGGCGGGUUGGGACAAUGUUUUCGCCGGUGGUAAUUUCAUUGAAAAGGUCAAGGCUAUUGUCUCGUCGAAUGCAGCCACUGCAUCUGCUGUUGAUAGCACGUCAACCACGACUACCACUACCGUCACCCGGACCUCGACCACUACCACUGGCACAACUUCGUCUACUUCGUCAACCAGUACAACCAGUACAACCAGUACAACCAGUACAACCAGUACAACCAGUACAACCAGUACAACCAGUACAACCAGCUCAACCAGUUCAAGCUCCACAGAGUUGAAGAGAACUUCAACUACUUCAACUACUAGCUCCAGUUCCAGCUCCAGCUCCAGCUCCAGCUCCAGCUCACCUAGUACUUCAAGCACAACCUCCACUGCUAGCUCUCCCUCUCCUGCAAUUGCAUCAACUUCGAAUACCCCAGAGGACUCACCAUCCUCUUCACCAGCAUAUGAAACUUCCAAUACCCAGACUUUAUCAUCAACUUCAACUUCAACUUCAACUGCAUCGCCAACUUCAGCACCAAGAAGCAGCGUCUCGGUAACAUCAUCUCCGUCUACAUCUACAUCUUCAACCACCCCAGUUGAAGUCGUCAGCACGCCGCCACUUCGGAUCUUUACUGACUAUGUCUACUACCCCUCGACAUUCACCACCAUCACCACCCACUAUGAAUUGGUCACUACAAGGACAAAUUAUCAAACCAUAUACGGACCACCUCAAACCACCACCAUAACAGUAUAA